AUGAAGGCAGGGAAGUUACGUCAAUACCAAUCCGACAGCCAGACCGAUGGAGGUAGGGCAACAGACAAGGUUGAAAGCAGAAUCCCGGCAAAAGGCACGGAACCGAUCAUCAGAGAAAUAUUGGCCAUCCAUGGAGCCCCUUAUACCGCUGUGGAGGAGGAAGUGCGCUUAAGGUCAGAAACCCGCCAGGCAGAGAAGAUUCGUAGAGUAUGCCAGAUUGCGGGUAGCCCCUCGGCGAGGCAGAGCUCGUCCUCCACAUCGGUAAUUAGUUUCUCCGCGGCAGAUACCAUUGGCAUCCAGUUUCUCCACCGGGACGCCUUGGUCGUGACUACCCAAAUCGCGGACGCCCUCGUGCGGCGGAUAAUGGUCGACGCCGGGAGCAGCGCCGGCGUCAUAUUUUGGGAAGCGUUUGAGCAGCUCGGAUUAGACAAGACACUUAUCCAUCACAGCAGAGCCCCGUUGACGGCCUUUGAAGGUUCUAAAACAUGGCCUGUGGGUGAGAUUUCAUUACCAGUGACGACGGGAGGGAAAACUGUGGAGGUCGAUUUCGUCACUGUCAAGAAGCCAUCGGCCUACAACGCCAUUCUAGGCCGGGAUUGGCUCCAUAGGAUGGGAUCCGAGGCUUCGACUAGGUGUUAG